CGCCCUCUCCAAGCGGCUCCGCGCCCGGCCCCUUCCGCCGCGCCCGGCCCCUUCCGCCGCCGCCGCUUCCUCCUGCGCCGUGGAGGACCGGGAGGGAUGGGGGUCACCUGCGUGACGCAGGUGCCCGUGGCCGAGGGCAAGAGCGUGCAGCAGACGGUGGAGAUGCUGACGCGGAAGCUGGAGCUGCUGGGGGCCGAGAAGCAGGGCACCUUCUGCGUCGACUGCGAGACCUACCACACCGCCGCCUCCACCAUGAGCAACCAAGGGCAGACAGGCAAGCUGAUGUACGUGAUGCACAACUCCGAAUACCCCCUCAGCUGCUUCGCCCUCUUUGAAAACGGCCCCUGCCUCAUCGCGGAUACCUACUUCGACACCCUGAUGGUGAAGCUGAAAGGUUUUUUCCAAAAUGCCAAGGCGAACAAGAUAGAGAGCCGGGGCACCCGCUACCAGUACUGUGACUUCUUGGUGAAGGUGGGCACGGUUACGAUGGGUCCCAGCGCCCGUGGGAUAUCCGUGGAGGUGGAGUACUGCCCCUGCGUGAUAGCCAACGACUGCUGGAACCUGCUGAUGGAGUUCAUGCAGAGCUUCAUGGGGAACCACACUCCUGGCGUCCCGUCUGUCUUUGGCACCAAGCACGACAGCAUCUACAGCCCGGCGGACACCGUGGUGCAGUACAUGGAGCUGUUCAACAAGAUCCGCAAGCAGCAGCAGGUGCCUGUAGCAGGAAUCAGAUGAAAGGACAUGAAAGGACUCCCUGGGGCUCCGUGCAGAGCGACCGCAUCCUCUUUCCUGCCUGCCAUGUGGAUCAGGAGGCCCUCCAAAAAGCGGCACUGGAGCCAACCCAAGGUUUUUUGUUUGUUUUUUUUUUUUCCUUCUAAAUCUCUUUGCCCCGUUUCAUGGCAAAGGUUUUGAAUGCUGUGCGUAUUUCUUGUUGGCCUUUCUAUUUUUGGGGGGGAGUGUUUGUGCUCAGGCCUGUGGCUGCGAUGGUUCUCAGCACCGUGUUUCAUGCAGGGGAUUACAGAUUGUCCGCAGAGGGAGGGAAAGGAGAAAUUCCAGCCAAAUGCAUGCAAGGGCAGAAUUUCCUUGAAUGCAAGCGGCUACAUGAGAGAGAGGAUGUUUUCUUUAUUACUAUUUUCUUAAGAUAUCCACAUGAAAGUGUCAUGCUUUUUUCACCAAAAUAAAAAGCUGUAUUUUUGCGAGGAGAUGGAGUCUGUCUGCCCAGCAAGCGCUGUGCUGCUUUGUAUUGUUUAUUUACAGCUUUUGAAAUUUUCCGUUGCGUGGAGACUAUUCUUUAGCAGAGUUUUAUCUUUGAUUUGGUUCGAGAGCUUUAUACCCCUGAAGCAAACUAAUUUCCCUGUGGCAAAAUCUACAGGAAUUCUUGCCUUCCUAUUACGGGUAUGUUCUUAGCUCGCCUUCAUCUUUUAUAUCUGAUGGGAGUAUUAAAAUCUUCCACCUCUCCGAUGCUACCAAUGAAGCCCGGUGCUAAAUAAAUAAAUAAGUCUGGCAGGAAGCCUCUCACGCACUGAAGAAGAAUACCAACUGCUUUAUCUCAUUGUUUGAAAGCUCUGUAAUGAAUGUCCCGUCCCUGCACACCAUUUCUCACUUGAGAAAUCCUGGUGACUUCAGCAGAUUUACUGGAGUAAGGAAGGAUUUGGGGAAUAAGAGCCAAAAAUUUAUUGUGAGGCUUAACUACGCGAUAUCACUUGAAUAUUUUUCAGUGGUGAUUUAUUUUUACAGCAGGAAAACCAGAGAAAUUAGAUCCCUUUUGAGCUAUCUGUCCCCCUGGUUUUACAUAUUCAGCAUCUGUCUGGCUUGUAGUGGUAAUUUUUCCUUCUCUCCCCCCUGCUCAGUCCCAGAAUCAGCAGAAACACCCUCAUUCAGCAACCAACCUUUGUGCUGAACUUCGUGGUUCCUGGGUAAGGCUGUGCUUAGCGGGGUUCCAACUCUGCAGCCCACGUCCUGGGUAGGAAGAGAAGGUGUAGGGAAGGUACAAGGGGGUGUUAGAAGGGGGACAGGAGGUUCCUGGUGAAGAAGCAGCGGGCAUCUUUCGCUCAAAAAAAUAUUUGUUGGUUUCUUGCCAAUACGUGGGCCUGAAGAGCAAGUAAAACGGAAACAGAUUUGUCCUAAAUAGAUUUUUCCCUUCUGAAGCAGUAGGCAAUAAAGAAGCUGUUUUGUUACUUGA